AUGGGAAAACACAAACAAGGACGGGAUCAUCAAGUGGUUGAAGUGCAUUUUAAUAUAUCCAUGCAUUGCAAUGCAUGUGAGAAAAAAGUAGCUAAUGUUGUUUCUAAAAUAAAAGGAGUUGAAAAGUUUAUUACUGAUAUGACAAGAAAUAAAGUGAUAAUUUUAGGGCGUUUUUGUCCUGAGAAAGUUUUAAAGAAAUUGAAGAAAAAGAUUGGGAAAAAAGUGCAUGUUAUUGAAUAUGAAGGCAUUGAUAAUAAAGAUAAGAGAGGAAUCUUUAGCGAAGGAGAAACAAAAUUGGGUGAAGAUAACUUAGAUUACAAAGUUAGUUUAGAUAAAUUUUCAAUGUGGUAUGAUGGAAAAUAUUAUGGGAAUGACAACCCAAUUUUUACAAUUUUUAGCGAUGAAAAUGCCAACUCUUGUGCGAUAAUGUAA